CAGUCGCGAGUCGAUCGCCUUUCGUCCCGCGUUUAAGAGGUUGCCAUGAUGAGAUUCGAUGAUGUUUGAUGUUCGAUUAGAUUGGCUUAGAUCGAAUAGGAUAUAGAGUUCGACGUGACUGAAGGAGUUGGUGACUUGAAGUUGUUGGAAGUAAUUUUUGAUUGUAUCUCCGUUUUCCUUAGCUUUUCUUUUUUACGUUUUUGGUUUCAUCCGAUUGGUUGAGAACAACAAUUUGUUCGUUUCAUCAGUUUGAUCAGCUAUCGAGUUUGUUUAGUUGGGCUUGUUGUUUGAUAUAUCAUGUAUUUUGUUUUGAUGCAUUGAAACGAACUAAUUUGAACCGUUGUUUUAUGAGUAAGACUGCGAGCUGCUUUCGGAAUAAUUCUUUUUAGUAGAAUUUGUCAUAAUUUGUUAGAAAUGUACAGUGAAUGAAUUUGGGGGAUUUCGAUAUCCAUCUUCUUCGUUCUAUAAGUUUCAACUUUACUCACUGUAGAUUUAAUUAUUAACACUUUUAUUAUUUGUAAAUAUACCAUGAUACUACUUUUUCUCUUUUUCCAAUUUACAUCGCUGUAUUGUCGUUUCCUCUUAUACGUCAACCAUACCAACAAAUCUUUUAUUUGAACCGAAAAGGGCUCCCUCUAUGUUUAUCGUCAGUAACAACGAAACAUAUAUUCUAUAAGAAUAUUGAGCCUUGAAUUAUAAUCAGAUUUUACGAAUUUGAAUCUCAUUUUGAAAAUGGAGCGCUAGAUACUCGACUACAGAAUACUUCGUGGAACGAUUCAAAUUCAAAAAGUUUGGAUAGAUUUGGUAACCGUUUGGUUAUUCUGCCCUCGACGACCUAAACAACAGAAAAACGAGCUUCUUCUAAGGUUCUUUUGUAGUAGUUGGUCGUAAGCAAUGUGUAUCGACGUGCCUAGAUCAAAUCUAAUCAUGGAGAAUGAAGUAACUACGACCUCUGAAAUAUUCAAGACGUCAGAUAUUAAAGGAUGGAUAGGAUCGGUGUUUUUCGCCACGUCACAGACUGUCGUAGGCCAGACAUUGUUCAAAAUCAUCGACUCGUUUCUCUGGGUCGUCGAAAAGUCUGCACAAUGGAGCUUACCAGCUCAGGAAGUUGAAUCUGACGACAAUGGCAAAAUAUUCGGGAAGAUAAAACUUAUCAGACCCCUACCGUGGUUUCUAUUCCUGCCAGGAUUAGUGAUCCUUCGAAUCAUCAGAUGUACAAUUAACGUUGGUGCUUAUGUUUUCGGCUAUUCAACAAUCGAACCGAGUGGAAUGGUAAAAUUCGUGCAAAGGAGCCGCAGACGAUUAAGAACGCUGAACUUGAAGAUAGCGAAAUCAAUGCGGCGUGGUCCGACUAACAAGGACAAGAGAUUGACGAUGAUCGAGGCCAAGAAGGCCCUAAUCAGAUCCAUCAGAUUGACUUUGUCGACUUUGUCUUGCUUGGAUACGUCUAAAUCGUCGCCUUCGCCACCGCCAACGAAAAUUCGCAUAAGUCAUGCGGAUCUUGAACCGGUGACAACGCCGGACGAAAAAUCAACCACAGAAUCUGUCGACAGUCCGAUACAACAUGAAGCGAAACGCAAAUUUUCUCAGCUCAGUUCGGACGAAAAAGAUACCGACGAGUCGGAUAAUGAAGCGCUGAAUUUGAAACUUGAAAGAUUGGCCAUGGAAGACAGCGCGGACGAUUUAGAUUUUAACUUUCCCACGUGUAGCACAGGGAUCGACACACCAUGCAGCUCGGUGAGCAGCGAUGAAGCGGACAAAGAUGUGUCUUUAACGGAGUUGAGGGACAUUCAGAAGGAAGCUAAAGAAUUCCUCCAAAAAGUGAUUAGUCCAUCUACGAAGACAGUGACACAGAGUUUGGAGAAAUUGGAGGACACCCCGGAUGGCGAGAAAUGCGGCGUGGACAGUUCGGAAUCCCAAUUGCAAAAGGUGACCCGUAGCUCUCAAACUUUUAUCGUUCAUGAAAUAUCGUCUAUGUCGGAGCAAUUGCCAACAGACACGAUCCUGUCACCGGGAGAAACCAAUGCAGUGUUCAUCGAAAACCAAAAAGAGCCAGCAACUUGCGAAUUACCGUCAGCGCAAGAUUCUUGCAAAUUAUCGCCAAAGGAAGAAUUUUGCGAAUUACCGUCAGCGCAAGAUUCUUGCAAAUUAUCGCCAAUAGAAGUAUUUUGCGAAUUACCGCCAGCGCAAGAAUCUUGCAAAUUAUCGCCAACGGAAGAAUCUUGCGAAUUACCGUCAGCGCAAGAUUCUUGCAAAUUAUCGCCAACGGAAGAAUUUUACGAAUUACCGCCAGCGCAAGAAUCUUGCAAAUUACCGCCAGCGCAAGAAUCUUGCGAAUUACCGUCAGCGCAAGAUUCUUGCAAAUUAUCGCCAACGGAAGAAUUUUACGAAUUACCGCCAGCGCAACAAUCUUGCGAAUUACCGUCAGCGCAACAAUCUUGCGAAUUACAGCCAGCGCCAAAAUUUCGCGAAUUAUCGUCAGCACCAAAAUUUCGCGAAUCACCACCACUAAUCCCAAAAUUUUGCGAAUUAUCGUCAGCACCAGAAUCUCGCGAAUUACCGCCAGCGCAAGAAUCUUGCGAAUUGCUGUCAACGGCAAACUCGUGCGAAUUACCGCGAGAAUCUUGCGAAUUACCGUUGACGCUAAAAUCUUGCGAAUUGCCGCCAAUCCCAAAAUCUUGCGAAUCACCUUCAGCUCCAGAAUCUUGCGAAUUACCGUCAGCACCAGAAUCUUGCAAAUUACCACCAGCGCCAGAAUCUUCCGAAUUGCCGCCGUCUCAAAUACCUUGCGAAUUAACGCCAGCACCAAAUACUUGUACAUUAGCGGAAGCUCCUACUCUGGACAAGAAAGGAUUGCCAAUUGUGCAAGAAAAGAAGAAUUACAAGCCUAACAAUGUUGAACAUCACCGAGUUACCAACUAAACCUUCUUGACUCAAAAACUCAACCCGAAUAGAGAUGCUGUUCUCUCUCCAACGUUCCCCUAGAUAGGAAUCGUAGAAAGAAGGAAGUACGAAAACAGAAUCUCCCGACCAUAUUAGGACAAUCAUAGAUCACAAUCGGAAUUUUACGAAAAUCGAUUCUCUCUUUUUUUUUUUAUGUUCCUAGUUUUUAGCGAUCAUUCGUUAUCGAUAAAAUCGACAAAAUCGUAUUGCGCUCGACCGUCGCCUAAAUUAAAAAAUCGAGAUAUAUUUAUUUUCAGCACCACUAACGUUAAUAUUCCAAGUUUCAACGACAUGGAUUUCUAAAUUUAAUAAUUUCAAGCUACUAAUGUAAGCCUACGUAAUUAUUUGAGACACCACUUAUGCUGGUAUUUUAUGUUUCAACGGUUCUCGUUUGUAAAGUUAAUAAUUCAGUGUAAAUAUACGCUUCUUACUUCGUUUGAUCCAUUUUCAGCUAAAUGACUUUGUAAAUUCGUGUUGGACAUUUUUCUGACAUUCGGGAUUCUGAUAUUCGGGAAAAUGCUAUAUCGAGAAAGAGCGGUCCGAUCGUUACGAAAGUUCCGUUCGAGACGGCGAUGUAUCGCUAGCACGGUCAACGAUAAAAAAAAAUUCUGGCAGAUAAUAGGAUAUAAUAGUUGAACGAUUCACAGGGAAGAUGGAAUUCUAACCACUUGUGCAAUAUUUGGUAAAAAAUGUCUGAUCUAUUCGGCAUGGUGUAAACUUGCACGACGUUUUCUCGUGUUGCUCAAAGUACAAAAUGGGACACGUUAUCGUGUUCAGCCUCCCGCUUCAGAGAUAAUUCGUGUAGCCAUUUAUCGUGGUUGCAUUUCAAUUUUUCAUGCGCGGUCAGUCUGUAAAAAUAACGUCGAGAAGAGAAGUUGGAGCUACUCUUGUAAAAUUUACAAUCGAUAGUAAUUAAUAGAGAAGUAAAUUAAGAGAUAGUAAUUAUAUAGCAGAAUGUUCUUGAAACUUCGAAGAUUAUUCCUGAAAGGAAAAACUGAAAUUAACAUGUAGUAAUUGAAAAAAAAAAAAAAAAAUCAGAUUCGCAUCGUUGAAGCUUCAAGAGGAUCGUUCUGUUUUUUAGUUUCCAUUCAAUUUCAAAAAUGAAAAUAAAGACACUAUAUAUUAAAGAAGACUGAAUAUGAUUACUUAGAAAAGCUUGAUCUCUCAUAGCUGGAAUAACAGUUUAGAUCACGUUUACGAUAUACUUUACGAGCGAUUAAAAACCCCGAUAUAAAUUUCCCUAAAUAAUCAUGUUAAAUUAAUCUAAAAAGUGCACACGAAUGUGAAAUUAUUCAAAAUGUUUUUAUAUUACUUUUGCAAAAUGAAAUUUCUAUUUUCGAACAUAGUGUCAUUUCUUAAUAAAGAAAGCCAGAUAUA